CUUUAACCCGGAAGUGCUUGUUUUGCUCACGACGCGCGUGCGCAGAGCCAAAUCGUGGCGGUGUCUGAUAAGGCGGCUGCAGCAAGGCCUCAGGCGCGGGCUUCACCCCAGUCUGCUGAAGCCCCAAGGCCGGCACCAUGGACUUCCAGCAUCGGCCUGGGGGCAAGACUGGGAGCGGGGGCGUGGCCUCCUCCUCCGAGAGCAACCGCGACAGGCGGGAGCGCCUCCGGCAGCUGGCCCUGGAGACCAUUGACAUCAACAAGGACCCCUAUUUUAUGAAAAACCACCUGGGUUCGUACGAAUGCAAACUCUGCCUGACGCUGCACAACAAUGAGGGGAGCUACCUUGCACACACCCAAGGAAAGAAGCACCAGACCAACUUGGCCCGGCGAGCAGCCAAGGAGGCGAAGGAGGCCCCUGCCCAGCCCGCACCCGAGAAGGUCAAAGUGGAGGUGAAGAAGUUUGUGAAGAUCGGCCGCCCGGGCUACAAAGUGACCAAGCAGAGGGACUCGGAGAUGGGCCAGCAGAGUCUCCUCUUCCAGAUUGACUACCCCGAGAUCGCUGAGGGUAUUAUGCCACGCCACCGUUUCAUGUCCGCCUAUGAGCAGAGGAUUGAGCCCCCAGACCGUCGCUGGCAGUACCUGCUGAUGGCCGCGGAGCCUUAUGAGACCAUCGCCUUCAAGGUGCCCAGCAGAGAGAUUGACAAGGCUGAAGGCAAGUUUUGGACUCACUGGAACAGGGAGACCAAGCAGUUUUUCCUCCAGUUCCACUUUAAGAUGGAGAAGCCCCCGGCUCCACCCAGCCUCCCUGCUGGGCCUCCCGGGGUGAAGCGGCCCCCACCGCCGCUGAUGAACGGGUUGCCCCCGAGACCACCGCUGCCCGAGUCCUUGCCACCACCCCCACCAGGAGGCCUGCCUCUGCCACCUAUGCCUCCCACGGGGCCUGCACCCUCAGGGCCCCCAGGACCUCCCCAGCUGCCCCCACCAGCCCCCGGGGUCCACCCCCCAGCACCAGUGGUCCACCCCCCCACCUCUGGGGUCCACCCACCAGCUCCUGGGGUUCACCCCCCAGCACCAGUGGUCCACCCUCCCACGUCUGGGGUCCACCCCCCGGCCCCUGGGGUUCACCCCCCAGCACCAGUGGUCCACCCACCGGCAUCUGGGGUCCACCCUCCAGCUCCAGGGGUCCACCCUCCAGCUCCAGGGGUCCACCCUCCCCCAUCAGCUGGGGUUCACCCCCAGGCCCCUGGAGUGCACCCCUCAGCUACUGCAGUUCACCCCCAGGCCCCGGGGGUGCACCCACCAGCCCCAGGGAUCCACCCCCAGCCUCCUGGGGUCCACCCCUCAGCUCCUGGGGUGCAUCCUCCAGCUCCUGGGGUCCACCCCUCAGCUCCUGGAGUCCACCCUUCAAAUCCCGGGGUGCACCCCCCAACUCCCUUGCCUCCCAUGCUGAGGCCCCCACUCCCCUCUGAAGGCCCAGGGAACAUACCUCCUCCUCCCCCGACCAACUGAAGAGCUGCCCCCUGGCCCAGCACCCUUGGCGUUUUCCCAGGAGAGAAGUUCCGUCUUUUGUACUGUCCCGAGCUCAUUAAACAGACUCUCUCGUG